AUGCAAACCCCGCCACUGCGCCAGAAUCCGCUGCGUCAGGUAUUCUCGUCGUGUAAGUCACUCUGGAACGCCAGCGUCAACCGACGCAGCAACCUGGUCAUCCUCGCCAUGAUCGAGCUAGUCGUCUUCGGCAUCAUGGCGUUCCUGCCGCCGCUGCAGAUCGCGUACUCAUCGUACCAAUUCCACUGGCGCCCCACAAUCCAGAGCUUCUACAUGGCGCUGGUUAACUCAUGGAGCAUCUUCGUGCUGGUAGUGCUUUUUCCUGCGAUCAUGUCAGUCGAACGACGGCAGAUCCGGCGCAAGCGCAACAGGACUCAUUCAACCGUGUUCAACACCGGCGACCUGGGUGCUAUCCGCUCUAGCCUGUCGCUGUAG